CAGGGAGUGAAUUGUGACGUCAGGUCUUUUUGGAAAAGAUAUUUUUAAGGUCUGAAACCCGGGUCUGUAAAGUGCUUACAGGAAAAACAGAUUACAAGAUUAACAUCUGUUAACAUGAUCGUUUAUCUCCAGCCAAAAAUAGGUCAGUUCUUAAGGAAACACGAUGGCUGGCGCACACUUAAAUAAAAUGAAAAUAAUGAAUUCACACAUUAGGACCGGCGUCUUUUUAUAAUCUGACCGAUGGAAAAACAUUCUUAAUCUCGAGACCAGUGAAAGGUCAGAAUUCCCUCCGAAGGUUGAGGACAGCUCUUCACCCUGCGUCCACCCCUCCCAGAGGACCCCCUUUCUACUCUGCGCUCCCUCUUCGCCCCUCCCAGGAUUGCUAAUUUCCCUUCCCAUCCAUCGUGGAAGCACAAAAUAUACUUAAAUAGGUAUUGCCUGAGGUCCCCCUCCGCCCCCCCGUUAAAGAAGGAAGACUCUGCGCGCCGAUGGCUAACUUUCAGAGCUCUGCUGUUCUUUGACCAUGAAAUGAAACGGUGGGGAGGGGGGGAAAAAAAGGAAACAGCCUCGCAAAGUUUCCCUGCCCCCUGAGCGAGAGUGACGGCUGUGCCGGCCAAUCCGUAGCGGCUGGCUCCAUCCCGGAGGUAAUUUGGGGGUGCGCGCGAGCGUGCACGCGCCCAUGUGUCUGUCUGCACACGGUGAAGUCCAAUCAGCCCGGCGCACCCACGGGCUCCCGGUCUGCACCGCUGUGCGCGGCACACGGGGCCGCGCUCUCAUCCGGUGCGUGCAGCUAGAUGGGCGCGCAGCGGCCGGAACGGAGACCCUGCCUCCUCGCUGCGUCCUCCUGCAAGGCAUGGACCUGAGAGGCGCUCUUGGAUUCCAGUGGAAACGUGCAGAAGGGAAAGAAAAGAGGAGUGAUGCGAUUAUGCUGCUCGACAGCUGGGGAUUGGCUCCUUCCGUCUCGUUCCCACGCAGCAGGCGCGCCCCAGCGCUCUUGGGGUUCGGGUGAUGGAGCCCGCUCGCCGGGCUCCAAGCGCGCAGAGAACAAGGAUUGUGGAAACUGCUGUGAACUCCGUACGCAAGUGAAGGCGGCGUGCACCUUCCGACUUCAAAUUUUAUUUUCUCUCUGGAAGUUGAGACUUAGCCCUUGGCAAGUUCUCGAAUGUGACCUGCUCAGGGUGCCCGCUGCCCUCCGCCAUGCGCUCCAGGUAGGACAUGCACGUCGCGGCGGCAGGCGCGUCUCCGCAGCCGGGGAGCAGGCGACUCCUCUGAACAUGGAGAGAUAAGACCUCGUCCGGCCGGCCCGCCUGACCCAGAGCCCGUGUCCCCGAGAUGGAUCGCAGCCGGGAGGCCGAGAUGGACCUGCGGAGGGGCCCCGAGGUGGCCGGGGACAAGGCCCUGAGCCACAGCUGCUGCAUCUGCGGCAAGAGCUUCCCCUUCCAGAGCUCCCUGUCUCAGCACAUGCGCAAGCACACGGGCGAGAAGCCCUACAAGUGCCCCUACUGCGACCACCGGGCCUCCCAGAAGGGCAACCUCAAGAUCCACAUCCGCAGCCACCGCACAGGGACUCUGAUCCAGGGCCACGAGUCCGAGGCCGGCGAGACGCGCGUGUCCGAGGGCCUUGACGGCUGCACCAGCCCCACCAAGAGCACCUCGGCUUGCAACCAGAUCCUCAACGGAGCCACCACGCAGCUGGACGGCGGCAAGAUCCUGCUGAGGAGCAGCAGGAAGGAGGCGGAGGGCGCCCCGUGCGCCGAGGAGGGCAGGGCCGGGGCGCGGUGCUCCUUCUGCAAGAGCAGGUUCGAGCGCAAGAAGGACCUGGAGCGGCACGUGCACCGCGCCCACAAGCCCUUCAAGUGCCGCCUGUGCAGCUACGUGACGCUGCGGGAGGAGUCCCUGCUGAGCCACAUCGAGAAGGACCACAUCACGGCGCAGGGGCCCGGCGGCGAGGCCUGCGUGGAGAACGGCAAGCCGGAGCUGCCGCCCGGCGAGUUCUCCUGCGAGGUGUGCGGCCAGGCCUUCAGCCAGACCUGGUUCCUGAAGGCGCACAUGAAGAAGCACCGGGGCUCCUUCGACCACGGCUGCCACAUCUGCGGCCGGCGGUUCAAGGAGCCGUGGUUCCUGAAAAACCACAUGAAGGCGCACGGCCCCAAGGCGGCGAGCAAGAACAGGCCCAGGAGCGAGCUGGACCCCAUCGCCACCAUCAACAACGUGGUGCAGGAGGAGGCGAUCGUGGCCGGCCUGGCCCUCUACGAAGUCUGCACCAAGUGCGGGAACCUGUUUACAAACCUGGACAGCUUGAACGCCCACAACGCCGUCCACCGCAGGGUGGAGGCGGGCCGGACGCGGGCCCAGGCCGAGGAGGACGCGCUCGGCCCCGCCGACCCCCAGCAGCUCUUCCUCCAGUGCCUGAACCUGUGCCCCGCUGGGACCGGUGCUCCCGCCCACGGACAGACUGGGCAGCGGGUGGCCGAGCUGGACCCGGUCAACAGCUACCAGGCCUGGCAGCUGGCCACCAGGGGCAAGGUGGCCGAGCCGGCCGAGUACCUCAAGUACGGGUCCUGGGACGAGGCGCUGGCCGGGGACGUGGCCUUUGACAGGGAGCGGCGCGAGUACAUCCUGGUGAGCCAGGAGAAGCGCAAGCGGGAGCUGGAGCCCGGCGCGCAGGGCCCGCCGCGCAAGAGGCCCGGCGCACCCGGCGACCCCCCAAGCAGCCCCGGCUCGGCCUGCGCCGCCGCUGAUUCCCCAGGCUCGGGCCUGGCCGAGGAGGGUGCUGACGAGAGCGGAGAGGAGAGCUCGGACCCUGCCCCAGGGGCAAAGCCACACGGCCGCUGCUUUUCCGGAGAUGUGGCUUCGGCUGUGCUCUCCAACGGAGACCAGCGUCUCGGCCUCGGACGUGACCCGUCAGAGCAGGACGCCGGCGGGCCCCGCGCGGAAACCGCAGCCUCCGUGUCCGCCCGCGAGGACCACGGCAGAGCCGCUUCCAGGAGACCAGAGCCGCCGCAGUUUUCUGUGGACUUGAAGAUGCCAGUGUGUCACCCCAGGCAGGAGGCCCCCGGCACCAGGGACACUGUGGACUUCCCUUCGAAUGCCGGUCGGACUUUUCCGGAAGGAGCAGCCCUGCAGCUCCCUCCCGAGAGCCCCGCCAGCCGCCCCAAAGAGAAGCCCUGUGAUUUGCACAAGGAGCCUCCUGGGGGGAGCAAAAGGGCACUGGCCCCGGACCUGAUCCCCCUGGACCUCAGCGAGCGCUCGACCCGGGACGACCCCCGCCACAAGGAGCUGGCCUCCUCGCUGCAGGCUGCGCUGGCUGUGCACCCCUGUCCCUACUGCAGCCACAAGACCUACUACCCCGAGGUGCUGUGGAUGCACAAGCGGCUGUGGCACCGCGUCAGCUGCAGCUCCGUGGCCCCCCAGUGGACGCAGCCCAACGGUCACAGGAGCAUCAGGAACAACUUGGUUUUCCUUGUCCGGAGUGGACGCACGGGCCCCCCGCCCGCCCUUGGGGGCAAAGACUGCCAGCCUCUGCCCAUCUCGAGGUUCACGCGCACCCAGGUACCCGGUGGGGUGCCGGGGCCCAAAGGAAGCUCCUCGCCCCUGGGUGGGACCACGAAGGCCACAGGCACGUCUAAGAGCAGGGAGGGCCAUUCUGGGGGCCCCUGCGCGCUCUGGGCGGCUGGCUCCGAGGGGCCUCGGCAGACCAAGUCCGGCCAUGGCCCUGAGCAGCAUGGAGCCCUGGCCCAGCCACCCCUCCCCAGGCCCAAGCAGGAGGCCAGCCCCAGACCGGGGCCCAUGGCCAGUGGUGGCUUCAGCAGAAGUGCCACCCCCACGCCCACUGUCAUUGCCCGGGCGGGCUCCCAGUCCUCGGCCACCAGCAGGCUGGAGGACAAGCAUGUCAUCCCCCUGGCGGGGACCGGCCUGGGCCCUCCAAAUAAGCACAGUGCCCCGGACCCACCGAGAGCCAGACUGAGCCCUCAGCCUCAGGGUCAGACGCAGGUGAGAGGGGACAGGGGUUCCCCGCUCCCUCCCCGAGAGCCCCCCUCCAAGGCCAGCCAGGGACCCAGAGGGAAUGCAGCCCUGCAGGCCCAGCCCGCCACGCAGGCUGUCAAGCAGGAGCCGGCGUCCGAGGGCCACGAGAAGCGCCUGGACAUCCUCAAUAUCUUUAAGACGUACAUUCCAAAGGACCUGGCCAGCCUGUACCAGAGCUGGGGAGCCAGCGGCCCUGCGCCCGAGCACAGAGGGACGCUCCGGACGCAGGCCCACCAGGGGGACUUCGUCUGUGUGGAGUGCGGGAAGUGCUUCCCGCAGCCCAGCCACCUGCGGGCGCACAUGCGGGCUCACUCAGUGGUGUUUGACUCCAACGGCCUCCGAGGUGCUGACGUCCACGCCGCCUCCACGGAUGCCCCCAAACAAGGGAGAGACCAUUCUAACCCGGACGCCGUCCAGACAGUGCCUCUCAGAAAGGGGACCUAGAGCCACGCUUCCAGCGACCCCGGUGCCCCCGACGGCCCUUAGCAGCCCCCUCCUGGACGUCCCGGCGGAGACUGACCACCACGCGCGGACGAGCCGCUGAGCCCUCCCACCGACACCCGUGGGGCGAGGCCUCUCCCGGCUGGACACUUAGAAAUAAAUUAAGAUGCUGAUCUCUGGAAUUCCGUGUAGAGACCCCGCAUGCAUCCGUGUGCUCACCGAUGUGACCCCACAUUUCCUGCGAUGAACGGUGGCGCUGGCGGGCACUGGGGCGCGCACGUGUGUGCGCUGCUCACGACCGAGUUGGAGACACUGGAAAAGAGCUGCUGGUGCAGCGAAGCCCCCGGGGAGGGCGGGCAGUCAGGCGGGGUGGAGCUCGACAGUGUUACUACUACACGUCCUGUCCAGCUGGUAUUUAAGUCACGAAGGGGACAGGAAGGAGGGGGCGCGGUGCUGUGCACACCAGGCGGGCGGGUGGGUGAGACCCUCGCCGGUCCACGGCGCGGUCGCCUCCCCGGGGGGCCCUUUGCAUCCCUGUGGCCCCUUUCGCG